UUGAUAGUCUUAACUUAGACGCGCUUCAUUGCAGUCAAAAGCCAGAUACUGCGGUUAAAAGUUGAAACCAUAACAAAACAUGAACAAAAUAUUCUAAAAUAUUAAAAAAGAAAAAGACACUUUAGUUUUGGAGUUUUGGUAAUAUUUUGCAAGACAAUUUAAUGACAAUUUUGUGGUUGGUGUCAAAUAAUUACAAUAUUCCAAGUGUUUACCGUUAACCGCACAAAAAAAGCGCGCGAUUUGAAUUUCCUGUUUUUUUUCAAGUUAACCAAAAGCAAAAACAAAUGAUAUAAAAAUGUAUGAAUGAAUGAAUUUUUUUCGCCAAAAUCUGCUGCGUGUGCAAUUCAAUUCGAAUAACAAAACAAAAAAACAAAGAAAGGCAAAAAAAUAAACGAAAAGAAAAGAUACCGCGAAAAGUCAUAAAGAAAAGGCAAGGAGAGGACCUCCAGUAGAAUUACUAGAACCACCAGAGGCACCACCAUCAGGGGCAGCAGCAGGCGCGGCACCACCAUGCUGCCGCAGCAGUACUGCCUGAGGUGGAAGUACCACCAUAGCAAUCUGCAGACCAUGUUCUCCCAGCUCCUGGAUCGCGGCUGCUUCUGCGACGUGACCUUGGCCUGCGAGGGCCAGCUCAUCCGCGCCCACCGCGUCGUCCUGUGCGCCUGCAGCACCUUCUUCGACGCCGUGCUCUCCAACUAUGCCAGCGAACGCGAUCCGAUCAUCAUCAUGAAGGACGUGACCUUCGCGGAGGUCAAGUGCCUCAUCGAGUUCAUGUACAAGGGCGAAAUUAAUGUGGAGCAUGCCAGCCUCCCUUCACUGCUAAAGACCGCGGACGACCUGAAGAUCAAGGGUCUGGCCGAGGUCACCUGGCGCGACGACGAGGACGGUCCGCCGCCACCGAUGGCCGCCGCGGAGUUCCAUUCGCCGCCACGCAGUCUGGCGGAGAGCUACGCCCAGGACCUAAUCCUCCAGCACCAACAGCAGCAGCAGCCCCCGGCUGGUCCGCCCUUGCACCUGCACAGCUCUGCCAUUUUGGACAGGGAUCGUGAGCAACGGGAUCGCGAUCGGGAGCGCCUGUCCCCGGGAAUGGAGAGUGUGCUGGGUCGCAUGCCCGUGAUGACGCCGCUGCCGGGUGCCGCCGGCUCAGCCGGAGUGGGUGCGAUAUCCGGGGCCACAGCCCUCGAGGGCGUCGCACCCGUCGAGCACUUUUUGGGCCCCAAACGCAAGCGGGGUCGUCCGCCACUAGACGACGCAUACGAUGUGUUCAACGUACGCAAGCUGGCCCAGUAUGCCGCCAACCUGGAGCCCGCCCAGCGUGCCUAUUUGGAGACGGCGCGUCACUUCGCCGAGGAGCCUCCGCUGGCGGCCCAUGCCGCCUCGAUGGCCUCCCCGCCCGCCGCCUGCCCGCCCAAACAGCGCCAGCGCCUACGUCACCAGCAGCAGCAGCAGCAACAGCAGCAGCAGCAGCAGCUCCUCCAGUCGGAAACCAGUGACCAGGAGCCAUCGGUUGCUGGCCAGGAUUGGUCCAGUUCGGAGCCCAAUGGCAGAUGCACGCCCAAGAACCCUGGCGAUGGCGAUGACAACAAGCAGGAAACGGAAGCCGGCGAGGAAUCGCAACCGGAUGUGCUGACCAGCACAAGCAGUUCCGCCAAGAAGCUGGAGAAGAUCAGCGAGCGGCGCGAACGUCAUGGCAAGCUGCGUCAUGCCCGACGGCUGUACGAGAAGUCCGGAGGAGGAGGAGGGGCAGGAGGAGGGGAGGAGGUUGAGUCGCCGCCGAAGGAGGAGCCCGACGAGCUGCCGCAGCCGCUGGAGGAGAUUGAGAAUGAGCAUCUGGUGGCGAACAGGGCGGAAUCGCCACGUCCCACGGUCGUGAUUCCGGCCAGUUUUGCCUGCAAAUACGAGGGGGGCGUGGCAGCCGGAGGAGGCGGUGGAUCGAGUGGCUCUUCCUCCUAUUUGAUCAACGAACACGGCAUGCUGAUGGCCCACGAAUUUGCACCGAAUGUGGCCAGUGCCGCGGCCACCGCUGCCGUUGCCGUUGCAGCAGCCGCCGCCGCCGUGGCAAAUGCCUCAGCCGGAAGUGGAAGCCAGGAUCCAGGCGGCAGUGGCGGUGCCGGCUCCUCCGCCGACUAUCCCGACAUCAAGCUGGAGGACUACGAUGCCGCCGAACUGCGCCUGACCAACGAGGAGCUGUCGCAGUGGCAGGACGUCAUCAAGAUGGACGACUAUCUGGCCAAGGGGCGGCGUCCACAGUUCUGGGAGGAACCCUUUACCAAGCGUGUGCUGGAUGCCAUUAAAAACAAAAGACUCGAGAUGAAAAAGGCCGCCAGAAUUCUGGGCGUUUCCUACGGCACUCUUUAUGGGCGUUACCGCGAGGUAUAUGGCUGCCUGAAGCAUCCUUACAGUGGCACCGCCUUCCGUAACUCGGGAUCCACCUCGGCCAGCCAGUUGGGAGUUCAGCCGCGCUUCGACUUGGGAUUCCGCAACGGAGGAGUCCUGCCAGCUCAGCUGGUCCAAACCAAUCCCUACUUGCAGAGCUGGGCAAGCUGAAGAAGGAUCUGAGCGAGCUAUGGACACGUCCGCAGAUUUGAGGACCAACCAAUGCCACCACCACCACCACAACUAUGAAGAAACUGCAGAAAAAUCUCAAACGACGCCACAAGCUGAUCUAGGAUCACAAGGAUAAAAGACAGCUAGACGAGGCUAGUUUUAGAUCCCGAAGAAGAAAAAACAAACACUUUCCUGAAUCGAUUCCCACUUUAAUUUGUUGCACCCCUCUCGGGUCGCAACUAUAACUGAUCUUCUACACAUUUAGGAUCUUAUUAUUACAUAAUAUAAUAUACUAUAUAAAUACAUGUCUAUAUAUAUACAUUUAAAGCCGACGCACGCGUGGAUUAGUUAAUUGAAAUACAUAUUAUAAACACACACACACGGGCACGUGUUGUUCUAGAGAUAAAUACAUUUCUCUUGGUAGUGAAAUUAAAACGAAAAUAAACUAUGGAAUCUAGUUAAUCAAUAACAUACAACAAAAGUGAAGUGAAUUUUUUGAUAAGCUAAAACGAACACAAACAAUAUGUAUUACAUACAAAAAGAAAUAUGUUUAAAACGAAAUAAAAUAUUAUCUAUGAAAAAUAUGUUUAAAACGAAA